CUCAUAGGGUCUUGAUGCCAGCGGGGGUAGGGACGUGGUGUAAGUUCAUUGUCCGUUACCCACCGGCAUGUCGAUAGAGUAAUUAAAACUAAGUCCUCACUGAAAAGCUAGUUUACUAGAACGGCUCCUUAUGUGAUACGGCUCCUGCCCUAAAACUGAAUUAACGUCGACCAAUUCAGAUCGAUAGUCUACGUAGAUAGUUAGUCUAACGCGGCUUAAACAACUACGCCAAUUGAAUACUUAUCUGAUGAAAAGCAUUUGCUUGUGGUGUCAAUCCAUUGCAGACUGCUCUAAGAAGACCAUCAAUAUGUCAUAGAUUAUAGUUCUUGAUCUCACAAUCAACGAAUACUUGUUGUUAAACGAGGACGACGACGCGCACCCACCUAAGCCUAAAACACGUUUUGAAGACUUUCUUACUCUGCGACAUUCUGACGACAUAUCCUUGCGACGACUCAAAAACCCUCGACGAGACCUAUAAAUUAUCAACGCAAGAACGACCCUGUUAAACCUAAAAGAGUUAACGAUUCCUUCCUAAAUUACAAAACGACAACUCAUUCGAGUAACCAGAUACGACAACCCCCCGAUCAAUACGAUACAGAAAACAUCAUGUCCCGUCGCCAGCCAACAUCAAGCUGGCUGCUAGCGGCCGAAGGGUUGCCGGCUCACAUUCCACUCCGCAACAGUAUUACGACUCUCAAGCGCGCGACCGAAAGUGAAAUACCAAGACGAUGGCUUUUGUCGGAAGCAGAGGCGGAGAGAUACAGGUAUAUUAUUGCGUCAAAAUUUCGAAUAUAUGUGAUGAAGUGGGAUCAUUUUUGGUACUAUUUUUCUAUUACAUAGUGAAGUGUGAUCAUCUUUAGUACUAGGUACUGCCAUACUAUCUAAUAGUAUCAGGACGUAAAAGUACUUCUAUACUAUCUAAUAAAAAGUAUCUGAACGUAAAAGUUUGAUUUGAUGUUGCCAACCGGAAAGGACCGUCAAGGUACUACCGUAGUAUCGCGCCCUUGUAGGGUAAACAUAAAAAAGCAAAGCAUUCCCACUCUAGAUUCUAAUUCACCAUGAAAAUUCUUAUUGACUUGGUGAAAUCUAAAAAAGGUAUGAAUUGUCCAUCAACCACACCAUCAUAAGAUCCUAUAUAUGAUAGUUUUAGUCUAUACCUGAACCCCUAAUCUGAACUUGAAUUUGAACGUCCUUGAUAAUUGAUUCCUAAAAAAAUUGAUAGUAUUUAACAAUGCUAAAAGUAGAGCCACUACUAUAUAGUUCGCAACUCUACUUCAUCCACAACUAGGUAUUACGAGUACUUCGACCGUUGGGUCGAGGAAAGCGGUCCCACUGGUGCGCAGAUCCGAUAUCGUUGGACCGAGGAACAGAGACGACGGGUUUUGCAAAUUUGCUACUGUUAUGCGGACGUCGACUUUGUCAAGGCACCGGAUCAUUUGAAUUCGCCAGGAGCACUGCGGGAGCUGCAAGAGACCUUACAGCAGUGCGAUGAUUUAGGCCAGAUCUUGAAGAUCUGCGUGGCGAAUCAAACAAACAUCGAUGGAUCUAUCCUUGUGCACAAAGCAUGCAUUCUGAGGAUUUUGAGGAUGCUAGAAGCAUGGUAUUAUUCAUCGCUUAGUAGACACUUCUUCAUGAUGAGUAGCUCUUUUGAUGUUGGUACUUUGACGUGUAGUAGUUUGCCCUUCACGUGUUCCUGGUUUUUAUAUCAAACUCAUGACAAAUCAUGUACAACCACACAGCUCAAAUCAAUGAUAUCUAUUUGAAAUGAUCAAAACUCAUGGUUCGCCACUUCAGGGGUGCCGCGAGUGCUGACUUCGACGUUGGGCAUUCGGAGACUCCCUUACACGAAAGUUUCUGGAAGAACUAUAACUUCGUUCACGAGCUUGCGGCAGUCGACGUUUCCGUUCAUAAUCGACCCAGCAAUGCAAGAGUGCCUUCUCCUGUACAUCCGCCUCCUCCUGCUCCGAUAGCUGCAGCUGCAUCGGCGUCCUCUGCAAGCAGGUGCUCUUCGAGUCAUCAGAAAAGUGGUGCGUCAGCCAAGAAGGCAGCUGCGAAAUCUAAGGGGAAGGAUGGUAAGGCACCGUCACUGAGAAGGGCGAAAGCCACUCCUGCUGCUGCUUCUGCGACUAAAAAAAGUGCAACCACUACCACAGUUGUAGUGGAAACUAGCGACUCCGAAGCUGAAGAGAUCACGGAUGAGGUGGAGUCUUCAUCCAGCGACGAGGAAAGUGAGAGUUCCUCUUCAUCUUCUACCUCGGACAGUGAAGUAGCAGCUCGUCGCCGUAGAGAAAAAGCUGCUGGCGACACAUAUACAAAGGGGGAGCUGAAGAGAAAGGAAGGCGUUGAUGCGCGAGCAGUGAACGAGGCUUUGGGACUUGAUGAAGAAGAGGAUCAAGACCGGACUGCUGCCACGGCAUCUUCAAAAUCGUCGACACUGAACGCAAGUACCGCAGCUGCAGAUGCGUGUGUCCCAUCUGGUGUCGUCGCUCCGCUUGUGCCGUCAUCAUCGCAUACCGCAACAGGAGGUUGCGAUAGCCCUGUCGCGGUUCCUGCUCUUGUUCCUUCUUCGUCAGCCAAUAUGGUAGUGCGACUCGAUGGCCGUGAGACGAUUGGAGGUUCCUCCUCAUCAUCCAAGCUCCCUGAUCGAUUACUACUGGAUGAACCUGGAGGCAGCUGCGAAGAAGAUAAGCCCCUCACAACGAACAGUACUAAAGAAGGCUCAAAUAAAAUGUCAAUGUUGGUACUCGAACAGGAAGUAGGAGAUCCGCAGUGCGGCACGCCAGCAACUCGACCACCGAGUGACAGAUCAAACGUGGACGAAGGGGAUUCAUCCUUGCUGGAGGAAGUGGAGCAUCAAGUGCCUAGUUCAUCUGCCACUUCUGAAGUAGGCUCUUGUGUUGACCGUCGUGAUCAUCUCGAUGAAAAAGGUCCUGGUGGUGCAGCGGCCGCUUCUUCAUUAUACACUUCUGUGGUUUCACGGUCACGACGAGAAGGGGAUGAACGAGACAAGAACAAUGAUAAGUCCUGUCGAGAAACUAGACCGCCUGACAAUGCAGUGUCGCGACCGCAAGCAGCUCCACCACCUGAUGCAGAGGUUGAAGAUUUUCCAUCUUUACCUGAAGAGGAGGGAGAUGAGAAACAAGAGAAGGCUGAUGGUGAUAUGAAGCUAGCUGCUCCUCCACAUAGCAAUAAAGCAGACGACUACGACGCGAAAGACGGCAGCAAGAUGGAGGACCUUGCUGUUGAUGUUCCUGUUCGAUCUACAGCUCCUCCAGCUGUAGAUCCUUGCAAGGUCGAGCAUUUUCCACCUGUUCCGAUAGAAGGCUCUUUGCCUCCACCGUCAGCCGUACGACCGCCAAGUGCCGAAGAGGUCGCUCUUCAGCGCCAUCGAGAUUUGUGCGAGGAGUAUGUCGACGACUGCCUCGACUCUGGCGGUGGCUACAACAUUCGUCACCCUUUGCGCGUCUAUUUCGAGGUUUUGCAUCGUGGCUUCGGUCUGCGCGCUGAGCAACUGCGUGACAUCGUCAAUGUCAUCAACGAGGAAUCUGGUCAUUCAGCUCUGUGGCACUGUGUCUGGUGGAUACUAGAUCACCAUCGAGAACAUGUAACGGCAGGAGUCGGCUUGACGCGCAAUGUACAGUUUCUGAACUGUUUCGGUUUUGCGGCAUUGGACUUUCCCUCUCUCAAAGUGGAGUGUCGGUUUCGCUUACAGCCAGCUCAGUUGGACGCAAUGGUCAGGCGGAACUUGCAGUACUACGAAAGGUGGUUGCAGAAACAUGAGCCAGCGUUUUUCGUGCGGUACCUGAGUGCGCGGCCAAAACGAUUGAGAGCGUACAGAAUUGCGGUGGAAAAAGUGUCGCCGAUUCCUCCAAUCGAGCAGGCUGUCGUGUCCUCUACGUCCACGAACAACUUUCCUGCGCAGGCAGAAGCACGAGGAGUACUGGAGGACAGGGGAAGCAGAGAUGAAAGUAGAGUAAGACGCGGUGCUGUUGCUGCCCCGGAGUCAAAAAAUGCACAAGAUAAAGCGGCAAGCAGCGGCGCUUCUCUAGCACAAUAUUCGAGUGAAGAAGGUGCAUGCGCUCCGAAGCGACGUAAGCUGAACGAUGGGACAGGAGCCCCGGCACGAGCACCAGCUAUUGAUGCUAACAACGUUGAUGCCCUCAAAGACCAGGCUUACCUCGAAAUGCUGAGGAAGAGAGCAGCCGCGCUCGGGAAACCUCUCGUGUCAGCAGAACCAUGGAAAAGGGUUGAAGGGUACUGCGAUUUCAUUUCGACCUAUUCAUCAGUUUUUGUGACUACGAUGUUUUUUACUGGUCAUUUUGUUUCACCAUACUAGGUGUUUAACUCUCAUGUCCGCCCUUGAGGACAAUACUACCGAAGAUUUUCUCGUCUAUAAGUUACACUCCUGCAGGAACAUCUGACACCUAAAAAAAACAAAUCAGGCAUUCUCUCCACGUGCUGAAGACUGUGAACUACGAGAACAACGGAAGAUCCAUCCUUCACGAGAUGUGCGCGGAGAAGCUCACGCUCAGCACAGUGUCGGUCUCUACUGUGAGGACGAUUUGUGAAGAUCAUCAUUGGUUCGAACACUUAAACUCAUGGGAUAUGAAUGAAAGCAGUUCGUCUACUUGGAAUUCAAGUUCAUCUUCAAGUUCUUGGAAUAGCACGUGCGCUAUCACAAGGUCAAGGACAAGUCCAUUGGAUGAGAUUCUGCGACUACCAGCGACAGAGGCACGGGUACUAUGAUCUAUGUAAAGCUGAUGUUGAUAAUCAUGUGAUAAGUAGUAGUAAUUUGGACUUGGAAUAUUUGCAAAUAGAAAUACCCUCAGCAACGAUACAACUGGGAUCAUAAUUUCGGUCUCUUACAGAUGAGACCUGCGUGUAUUUCGACGUAAAUUCUUUCACUAGACGACUUAAAAAAUUCACCUACAUCGUGCAAAUUCACUCAAACUUUUUCAACAGAUUGCACUUGCCCGGUACUUUGUUGAGGAUCUCGAAGGACGUUUUUGCCUGUACCACCCCGCCGAUCAUCCCAUCCUUAACCUGGCGGCAUCAAAUGGAUACCCGCAGAGUCUUGUGCAGAAAAUCAGGGUAUUGCAACGCUGUUGGUUGGAUAUUUUUGAAAUUUCUCAAAGUUUCGUUUUUUUCUUCCGUCCUUUGUUGCUUUCUCUCCUUUGUUUUGACUCCUUGAUUUGCAUUUGUGUGCAGUUGGACUCUCUUGUGAAUAAUUGAGUGGCUGAGACUUAUUCACGACGAUUCUCAUUGUGAACUACUAUCAUUCGCUUGCAUUAUUGUCCUCCGCGAGAGAUGUCUUACCAGAGAGGAACUCUUUUGAUCUAAGUAGAUACAAAUUUGUCUGUUUUCAUUUCAUCCACUGAAUUUUUUGACGGAUAACGAAUCUUCAAAUCCACGAAACAGAUUGAAUCAAUCGAUCCCACAGAACAGCAUGAAUCAAUCCCAUCUGACACUAUAUAUUUAUAAAUCUUUCCCAAAUACUAACAGAAACGUGGCAGUUCCUUGGAGAAUCUGUUCCCGCUUGAACCGAGCUUGCAGCUUUCCUUUCACAGUGAGGCAGUGGCGAGUAUUCUGACCGGGUUGGGGCAGAAUUUCCCGCAACAGUUUUCCCAUGUGCAACUUGGCAGAGCAGCCGCCUCUUCCACACUUAGGAGAGGAGCAAACACUGGCGUUUCACCUCGGUCUUUGGAGAUGAAUUCUUUUUCAGGUUACUCUGGUGCUGUGCAUCCUUCGGCAAAGAACUUCACUUCUUCAGGAGUUCCGCCAUCUUCCAUGUUCUUGCCCGCUUCUCGCUCGGUUGCGCCGCAGCCUGGAGUAGAAGGAGGUGGUUCUGUCAAGGGGUUCCUUAUAGACGCUCCGCGCUCUGAAGUAGGAGGUGGUUCUUCUGUCAAGGGGUUCCUUAUAGACGCUUCGCGCUCUCAACGAGAUGCUCUAGCUGUAGCACGAGAAGCCGGAGGAGGGGUCACUGUUCCUUCGUCUUCCUCCAACGCACAAAUUCCUGAUAAACGAAAAAGUGCUGAGAAGCUUCAAGCUCUGUUGCCUCCAGGGGUAACGAAGUGGACCUCCACGAGGAACGAGACGUUACUUCUAGACAGCAAGAAUAGUACUUAUAGAAGUAUCGACAGUACUAGAUGUAAAAAUAACCAAGAGGACGAGCAGCUGCAGAAGAUCUGGCUCCGAGUACGUGCCCCUCAAGGAGAAACAGCUCUAGUUCCUGUUUUAACCACAACUGCUACUACUGGAGGAUCGUCAAUCGUAGUGCCUUCUACUUUGUCGACUGCCGUCAUGUGCGAUUCUAGCACCUGGGAGCGAAUUCUAGCUCAGCAUGCAGAAGAUGAGUCUGGAACUUUGGGUGAGGGCGCCUCGACCUUGCGGAGAAGGAGAGACUCUACGACGACGACUUCUCGGCAAGAAAGAAGAAAUAUCCAGAACAAUCCAGCAAGGCCUUCCUCCACGUCGAAUGCUGGUGGAAAGAAACGGCCAUCGACGUCGGUUGCGAGUCCGGGAAAUCUCCAAGCAAAAAAGAGGAAUUCGAAAGUAAGUGCGAACUCUAGUGCCUCUGUUUCUGGAGGUGCGGCACCAGCAGUCAACAUUACAGGAGGGCCGCUCAACUUGAAGCUUCCUGGCCUGCGAGUAGGCGUGCAAGAUGUCGCAAGGAAAAUGUCAGCUAAAGAACAAUUUGCAGGGUUUGAACAACCUGCACAUGGGGGUGACGUCAACAAGACUGCUUCCAGCUUGUCGAGCACCAAGGCGAAAGGCAAUCUAGGUACAAGUACCAAUGCUGUUGAUAGACCAGGUCCGACCAAGUCUCCCUCCUCCAGUCGGAAAAAAGCCUCAGAGGACCCUGGAGAUAAUAAUGUACGAUCGGGAGAAGGGAGCACUACAGGAUCCACCUUAGAAGGUAUGAACCCAAACAAGAUGAAUAAGGACAGCAUCAAUUCGACCCACGAUGAGGAAUCCCCGAUAGUGAUCAAGCGGAAGCGUGGCCGACCGCCAAUCCACGCUAAGGCAAAGGAAGCUGCUAAGCGGGCAGAAGACGAAGAACGACAAAGAAUACGAGAAGAGCGAUUAAAAAAUCGGAACCACAACAAGCAUCAAAGUGCGACCGUUGACGACAAGGAUGAUGCGGAAGUGCACCAAGAGGUUAUGGGAAGAGGUUGAUGGAGAUUUCUUUCUCUAUAAUGUGACUGCUGUAGAAGAUGACUGGCGAGGGGUAAAAUCUCGUGAAGGUUGAAGAUGGAGAUUUGAGCAGCGAUGUCCUACUUUUAGGUAGCAGAGGAUUGCAGCGCUACAACUUGAUGUCGUGCUCAGAUGUUGAAUGUUCGAGGAUCCUAGUCCUCUGAAGAUUGCAAGGUGUCUUACAAGUAGAAGAAUAGAAGACCUACUUUUCACGUCCCGUUGCCCCCACUAAUCCACCAAGCACUUAUCGGAUACCCAUACCGGAAGCGCAAAAACAGACGGAGCUUCCAGAUGAGUAUCAUGUUAAUAUCGUCAAUGGACUGCAUUCACAAGCGUUUGAGACGAGUGGACUGCAUUCACAAGCGUUGGAGACACGUGGUUCCAUUGUCAAUUCUUGUCCCACUAGCACUAUAACCAAGGGCAAAACCAAGACCCUUAGCAUUCAGUCGACCAUGAAACGGCAGAGGAAGGGCAAAAUGAAAAGACCAGCUGAAGAUCAUCAAGUAGGUGUCGAGGAUCAAGUGGAUCAAGGGCUUCGAGUGACAACUGCAUCAGCACGUGAUCGACACGAGGCGGAUGAGCAACUAAGGCAUGAUGGGACCACGGAGCGCACCAGCUGUCAGCAGCAGGACGAUAGUACCGCCGUAGCAGAUGGGUUAUCAGGGCACCAGAGUCGUCGCAGGCACGACGUUUCAGCAGAGCACCAAGCCAGUAGUUCUCUGGAUGGAGGAUACAGUCAACUGUUCGAAGAUGAUGGUGUACAAGACCGCAAUACAGAGGAUAACAUCUUCAUCCACAGAAGGACUACACCACAUGUUUCUUCAGUAACGACGACAAGCUGCACAGCUGCGGCAUCAUCGUCGUCGUCGACAUCUACUGUUUCGUCAACGUUUAAGCGUGGAGUAAACGAAGCUGGAAAAAACAGUACCUCCUCCCAUAGCAAUGCACCAGCAUCUGUAGCAGCUUCUAAAAAAACCAACAGCAGCACCAAUCACCAUGCUGCUUCUCUUACUCUAGUAGGUGCAAAGACUACUUCUAAUAGCAUUCACAAAUCUUCGUCUGUGGUGAAGAAGAUAUCUUCACGACUGGGACUCGAUGAAUCUGUUGUCGCACAGCAAUCCAGAUCCGCGGCUUCGAUGAAAGCAUUUCACCCUGUCGUGUCCGAACCACCAGAAGAGGAAGACAGCGAUCACGACGAACAGCAUAGUCACGACGAAAAGCAUGGUCCUCUGCCUGUAUCUUCCAGAAGAAAACAGCAGGCAUCUGUAGAGUUCCCAAAUCGCCGUGGUGUGGUUGUUUCUACUGCGAGAACAGGUCCAAGAUCACCUCCGAGAACAACAGCGCCAAGAACCCCUCUGGGGAGCGAAACUUCGAGUAGCAGUGAUGAUGAAGAAUCAUCUCCGAAGCCCAAAAUUUAUCGCACACGUGCCAGAGCUAGGGCAGAAGCGAUGGCACAACAGAGAGAGGAUGAUGAUUCUUCCGGCGAAUCUACGAGGUAUAUUCUACUGAAAGAGCUGCUGAAACCAGAUUAACCAUCAUCAUGACAACAAAGUUGUAUCUAUGUAUCUUCACCAAAAGUUGUACUUAUAGUUGGAUCUCUUCAACAACACGUUUCUUUGUUCCUGUCUGAUUCACAAAAAGGAUUAGGAUUGUCUCUGCCAUGAUAUCAAGGAUUUAAUCCUGAUCCACUUUCUCUUUUGUUCACGGCCUUUUCUUGUACUAGUAGGUACGAUAGUACGCAACCACUGUUGGAUCUAGCCUAUGAUCCAACCCACAAUUCCAUCUAUCUUACCCCAACUACACCAGUGACUCUGCGGUCUGAGGCUACGCUUGCGCCUCUAGAACGUGAUGGCCAUCAAGAACAACGCGUACGCGGUGCUCAAUCAAGUACGCAGUCACGGUCUCAUCAAGAAAGAGGUCUACGCGGUGUUCAACUCCCUCAACCACGACGAAGCGGAAGUGUGGCUGUCACAUCAAGAAGGAAGUGAACGCGUACCAUCUUCAUGGUCAAGUACCUACAUGGCGGUCGGUCACGGGAACCGGUGUUCAACUUCCUCAACGAGCAACGACCCAACAAGUUGACCGCACGAGCGACGCUUUAAUCUGCGGAUUCCUGGUGGUCCCCGGGACAGACCAGCUUGCUGCUGGGUGAGUGCUCACAAGGCUCAACAUCGUAGUGCCCAUCGUACUUCGGUGCCUGCCGUCGUUUCGUGGGCUACUACGUCCUGAAGCCGUUCAUCAUGCCCUGCAAGAACAAGAGGGCGCAAAGUCGUCGGCGCGAUCAGUCGAUCGCAGGGCUCAAUCGGAGUCGGCUAAUCGAUGAUCACAAGCACCACAGACGUCCUCUAAGCACGUGGUCACUUUCGUGUCUAGCUUCGUUGAGAAAUUUCUUAGCCUCUCGUUUUGCUACUUCUUGAAUGACUUUUGUUCUGCUAUUUCCAGACUCAUCUGCUGAGACGGUACCUCACAUUGAUUUCUCUCAACACCUUCAUGUUCUGAUUUAUAAUUUUCAUCUCCUACAACUACAAGAUUUUUCUUCCUUCCUCAAGAUCUAAGAGAUCUCCACAUGUCUCAAAAGUGCUUGUUCCUUUGCUGAUUUUCUACCUUUUUUGUCGUAGACGGUACUUGUGAUCAUUUCUAAAAAAUCUCUUGCCGCCAGCAGUGAGUUUUGAAUUUGAGAGCCUAGUAUUAUGGUUUUCAUUCUUCGUUGAUGGGGACGUGCCGACGCACUGGUACAACAUGGGAAUCAAUCUUCAAAGGGUACUAUUCGUAUGAUUUAAUUGUUGUUGACAUUGUCAAACAAUUUACGAAGAACUCUCCUCUUUAUCAUUCAACAUCUGUUCAUCCUCGUGUCUGGGGCCCGCACUGUCCAUGAUCGACGACCUUUGAGUCAAUCUCUCAAAGUCAGCAGGCGUUGCAGCAUAU